AUGUUAACAACAAAGCUUCACAAGGUCCCUGUGAGUCACGGCAAGGGGCCCUGUAAAGAAACCAAAGGGCGGGAAGAUGCACCCGAAAUAGCAAUACAAAAUUCAUGGAUCCCAACACGAUCCACUGCCAAAAGACAGCAAAGAAGCAGCGGUCAUAAACACCAUGAAACUCAACUCUACAGCAUUGUACUUUCUGCAGCGGACUUUUCACUGUCAAGCCCAACACGCCAAUUUACGCAUUCCAACAAUGCUCUAUUUCUGGGUACACUAAACGCUAGCUCAGAGCCCAAUCCAACGGUUCAGGCUCAUCAUGCAAGGACAGGGUUCUCGCUCUCGCUCUCGGUCAGAGUCAGCCCUCAAAAAGAAUUAGGGGUCCAUCAUCUCUUCUGUACGGAGUAUCAUUCAUUCAAGCUCGACCUCAAAAUACUGGAGCCCGCCCGUAAGACCAGCGUUGCAGCCCUGAAAAACUGA